AAGUAGAAUUUUGACUACAAACUCUCAUACUCGUUCUGCUUCUUCGCGUCGUUCAGAUGAAAUCUCCGCGCUUCUAUUGCGAAGAGGUUUUUCCUGCCUCAGCAUCCUCCACACUUCUAGCUGGACUCCACCGCUGCUCUGGACAGGUUGGCUCUGUGCGUUGGCAGUCACUUCCACUCAUCUGUUUCCUGUGUUGCUGGACACAGACGAGCACCUGGAAGCUCGGAGACACAACGGAACCGGUAUGAAACAUCCUUUCAGUCCAACAUCUCGAUCGGACUCAGAGCGGACCAGGAGCGGCGGACAAAUGGAUAGCGAGCCUUGCUGUGAGAUCGAGGACCACAGCGCAGUACUGGAGCAGUCACCGGGGGGCGCUCUGCACUCUUCACUUUUUAAACCCAAAAGGGAGAGGAAACAGCGGACCUACACACUGUGUGAGGUCUGCAACAUCCAGCUGAACUCAGCUGCGCAGGCGCAGGUCCAUUACAGCGGCAAAUCCCAUCAGAAGAGACUCAAGAAGAUCAGCAAUGGUAAAAUGGCAACAAGCACAGGUACAUCAGCCCAGGGCAGCCCUCUUCUUGCCUCUCUCCCUGUCCCGGGACGACCAGUUCAGCCUCAGCUCGACCUCAAACACCUCCUGCCCUUCAGGCUCAAUGGAACCUCCCCCCUUAGCCUCUUCCCCAACUUCAACACGAUGGACCCUGUCCAGAAGGCGGUGAUCAACCACACAUUUGGUGUCCCUCAACCCCUCAAGAAGAAACAGAUCAUCUCCUGUAACAUUUGCCACCUCCGUUUUAACUCCACGAACCAAGCAGAGGCUCACUAUAAGGGCCACAAGCACGCCCGCAAACUCAAAGCCAUGGAGACCCAAAAGAACAGGCAAAGGCGAGCUGGGGACGCCUCGUCCACGGGGAAGGAGAGGGACCGCGAGCGGGAACGAGACCGGAACAAGACGACCGCUUGUGAUGCGGCUCUUCCUGCAGUGAUGGAUACAAGCUUAGCGGAGGGAACAAGUCUUCAGUCUGAUCUGGAUCCAGCUAUCCUGGAAGGGAAGCUUGAGGAAAGUCCUCGAAGCUCCAUCAUGCUCACACCAGUAUCUGAGGUGUCCUCUGUUGAGCUGGUCACCCUUUCCCCACCUGAGAUUUCACCUUCCUCGCGUGUCUCGGAAACGGCGUCAGACACCAGCACGGUGGAGGUCCCAGAAGCUCCAGAGGCUGCAGACGGUGUUGGUCCAAGCACCGAGUCCAGCAGCGGAGUGGACAGCACCAACGGGGAGGCACAAACAGAUGAGGACAAAGAGCCCAAAAAGAGCAAAGCUCAUCUCCACUGCCCUGUUUGUAAAGUCACAGUCAACUCCAUCUCACAACUGGAGGCGCACAACAGUGGUACAAAGCACAAAAUGAUGUUGGAAGGUCACAGCGUUCUGCCCCGGCGCAGGGGCAAAGUGGUGGCAGCUCGAGCCGCCUUCAAGAGCAAGCGUCUGGGCAGCAAAGGCAGCGUCGGGCUGCCCAGCAAGAACUUCCAGUGUGAAGUUUGCGAGAUAUCUGUGAACUCUGAGACCCAGCUGAGUCAGCACAUGAACAGCAGAAGGCACAAGGAUCGGCUGGCCGGAAAACCCCCCAAACCCAAAUUUACCCCCCACAGUAAAACCCAACCAGGCUCCAGUUUAGCGAACGUGAGAUGGAGCGGCCAUGCAGGCGUGGCUGUGUCUGCCAUGAAGAAAGCCUUCGCCCAGUACAACUUCGCCUCCUUCUCCUCGCAGACCAAACUGGCGUUGCAGAAGCAGCUGACCAAGAGUUUGACAACUGGCUUCCUGCCCAGCCCCCUCACCCAACCAGCUCUGUGCACAGUGGCAACUAACCCAUUGGCUCUGCGCCACCCGGUGGGCACGACCACCUUCAUCCAGACCCCAUUCCUGGGCCCUGCACUGUUCCGGCCUGCCCCGGGGCCACUGCGGGCCACUCACACCCCAAUCAUCUUCUCCCCUUACUAAGGACUUACACAACCUUUUAGCUGAGCCCACCCCCACCCCCUCCUUCCUCCUGUCCCUUAUCCAGGACCCUCUUUAAGUGUGACCCACACAACAAAGGCCACAUGGAAACUAUGCAGCCCACCUGACUUUAAUGGGAAGAGUGCACAAGUCCUGAUGCUCACCAGGCCUGCUGACCUGAGAGUUGUUCUUACCAUAAAGGCCAAGAUCCCCCAUCAUGCCUUCUUUCUGCUCCUCUUAUAAUGACCUAAGAAGCAGGGCAGGCCUCCAGACAGUGACUGGGCCCACAAGGCCGCUUUUAUAGCCAUUUCAUGGAUCAACAUGGUUUAAGAUAUAAAUAUUAUUGUGUCAUUUAUUAGAGAACAAAUAUAGAAUAAGUCUAGAUGUAUGUUUAGUGUGGUUGCCACAAAAUAAGGUCCCUUUACUUGAUGCUCUUAUAAAAAAAUAUAUAUAUAUUUUUAAUUUUUGUUUUUGUUGGAAAGUUGGAAGCGUCACUCCAGGGCGUUGAAGCAGCAGAACAAAAGCCAUACCUGUAUGGCCACACAAGCCAGUUUCACUGAUCAGUGUUUUCAGCUAACGUCAUCAAAGGGUGCUGUCACAUGGCAUGAUGGCUUAUAUCAAGUAACCCACUGCCUCUAAAGGACAGACAUUGCAUGGAUCUGUUACUGCAGGUGUGACUUUCUGUUAAAUCUUUAUACUUUUCAUCAAACCCAUGGCUCCACAGUCCAUAACCUUCCAGAUUUGUCUCCAUUUCCCUGUGCUCAGAGAGAGAAAAAAAGCAUCAAAUAAGGUCCCGAAAAGGUCAGCUUGUCAGCUUGAUUUCAUUUCAAUUUACAGAUAUGACUUUAUAGUGGUUCUUGGUGCAUUAUUCAUGCAGUGCAACUGUAUCACUUUUGUUCUGGCCAAGCUGACAGCAUGCAAACAUUUUGCAGCAAAAGUCUUACUCUGCAAAAUGCUGUUGUUUUCUUCCACCUGUGUUUUUUUUUUUCCUUUUUCCUUCCCUCUCACGAUUGUUUUUGGGACCAUAGGGACGCCCCGACACUGUGCGCACACACACCUCUCAAACGUGAACGCCACACAAUGGACAACUUGAAGAUUUGAUUUGAAAGCUCGACAAAAACUUUGAGUGACGGUGGGUGGGAGUGCUGCUCGGGCAGAGUUUGAUUGGCAUCGGCGUCUACGCACAGCGUGGGAGGGAACAAAGCACAGUGCCAUGGCAACCACAUUAAAAGCACCUUAAAACUGAAUAACCUACAAAAGCAAUGAAAAUUUGUGUUGAUGUUCUUUUUUUGAUGUAGGUCUAUGUUUUACAAUCCCAUAUCCGUUUGAUGACAUUUCUGUUGGAAGAAAACAAUCAGGUGAGAAAGAUCACAUUAUAGUCUCCCUCAUUUAAAGCAAUAUAUUGAUUAUGUGUUUUUUGAUGUAUCAGUGGCUUUACCUAUUCUCUACUGUUAACUUCUGUAACCCUGACUGUAACAUUGGAUUCUGUGCCCUAAAAAAGCAAAGGGCUUUCUCUGAUUUGUCAGUGAAGAGUCGUCUGCAGUAAUAGGUGGUCCCGAUGCUGCCCUUGAUGCUUGAUGCUCACAGCCAGUCUGCACAUGUUGUGACUGUGGGUAUUUAUAGCAGAGAGGAUACUUCGCCGCGUUACACCUUUUCAGUGGAGCAGCAGAAAGGGCCUCUUUAUGACUUCCACGGCGCCAUCGGAAGCUGUCAUGAGCGCGGCAUCAACCGUCCUAUUACCGCUAUGUGCUCGUCUGCCGACUAACCUCUCCCACGCAGGAUCUCUGCUGACUCUUGCCAAAACGAACUCUUGGUGAGCUCUUUAAAAAAAAAAGGGACUUCAUGCCAAAACCUUUGGAAUUAUCACAGUGAUGGAGCAACCCCAUGCAUUUGUGUAACAUGUGUAGUUGUGCGUGACGCAGCAGUGCCAUCUGUCGUGCAAAACAUGUAACUGCCAUCCAGUGUCAGUGCUUCAACAGGACCUUUUCGUCGAUCGUGCAUUUAUUUUAAAGACUCCGAGGCCUUUCUGGGUUGGUAAAGCCACCGGGUCUCCCUCCCCCCCGACCAUACUGAUGUGAUUUCCCCCCUGUCGUCACAUACUCAGUGAACCAGCCAGCCUUUAAUCUUCACUGUUUGUUUCUGUUGCACAGCGAUAAAUCAACUUCUUUUAAAGUUUAGAGAUGACAGGUUAUUUGUAGAAAAUCAUAGAGUAACUAUAGAGAUUUUACCAGAGUCGCUAUUGUUAUCUGUAUUAUAAUAAUCUGCUAUAAUAGAGGAGAGAACAUGAUGUUAUUGUUGGCUCUUUCUGCAUACAUGGUAGGAAAAAUGCUUUGCUCCUUUUUUUUAAACGUUUUUUUAAGUUCUAGAGAAAAUUUUUCUUUUUAUUGUUAUUAUUAAUAAGCUUUUUUUUUUCAUCAUGUUGAGUGAAUUAUUAUCUCAAGGCCUUUUCAGAUCCUGAAGCCACAUGAGUCAGGCCUUCUCAGGGGUGACAGGUCGAGCAGAAGCAAACAUUAGCAUCCAUUCAGGGUUUCCCUCCACAGCUCCAGAGAGCAGGACACUGUACAUUUGGAUGGUCGAUAACAAAAAUACUAUGAAUAAAAAUACUUACAGUGUUGUACAUUAGAGAGAUUAAGGAUGGAUUUUGGAAAAUAAAGCUUUUAGAACUUGUAAGAAA